AUGGUGUGGUCCUGCUUGGGGCCCGAUGUGCGAUGGCCCCGCAAGGAGCUGCUGGGGCAAGUGGGCACUGUGAUGUACUCGGAGCCCAGUGAGACCAACGCCAUUCAGGUGCAGUUCUCACCCGAGCUGGUCACGGCCAUGCGAUCCGACCUCCGCGGCGGCUGGCGGGCGCAGAGGCUGCAAGCGCUGGAGAAGCAAGGGGUGGUCUUCCUCCACCGCCAAGCCCUGGAGAUCGAGGUGUAG